AUGCCGCAAUGCGGACAGCAAGGCACUGCAUGCACUGGCGAGUCAGGUGUUGGCGUACCCGGCAUUGGAAUGCCAGGCGCUGGCAUGCCGGGCAUCGGCAUUGGCAUGCCGGGCAUUGGCAUUCCGGGCAUGGGCAUGCCGGGCAUCGGCAUUCCGGGCACUGGCAUGCCGGGCAUCGGCAUCCCGGGGAUGGGCAUUCCAGGCAUUGGCAUUCCAGGCAUUGGCAUGCCGGGCAUUGGCAUGCCCAGCAUUGGCAUGCCGGGCAUGGGCAUGCCAGGCAUCGGCAUUCCGGGCAUCGGCAUGCCGGGCAUCGGCAUGCCGGACGCUGGCAUGCUGGGCAUGUGCGUGCCUGGCGUUGGGCUGGGCAUGGGCAUGCAGGGCAUGUGCAUGCCUGGCAUACCUCGUCUUCAGAGUUUACGGAAGCCAAAACAAGGGUUCAUGGAUGCAGGUCAUAUGGGUGGUUGUCAAAAUUAUGAUUCCUUUGGGGUACCCUAA